AGCCCUCGUGUGGGGUAAACAGCCUGCACAAAGACAGGGGCAGGGGGGUUUGUGUGGCAGUUUUCCUGACCUGCCUUGCCCCUGGAGGCUGCGGCCAGUUGUGUCCCUGGAGUAGAAUGCUGACCCUCACCAUUCCCAGCCCACCCCAAGGACCUCCCCACCCCAUUGUGACACUACUUCCUGGACACCAGUGGAGCUCAAAGGUUCUGCUUCCAAGGGUCUGGCUGGGCCUGGAUUGUGGUCAGAUGGCAGGAGAGGAGAACUUCAAGGAAGAGCUCAGAUCCCAGGAUGCUUCCAGGAACUUGAACCAGCAUAAGGUAGCAGGACAUCCACAUUCCCGGUCUCUGGAGAUGCUGUUACGCAGAUUUAGGGCUGUCCACACCAAGCAGGAUGACAAGUUUGCCAACCUCCUGGAUGCCGUGGGGGAGUUUGGCACAUUCCAGCAGAGGCUAGUAGCCCUCACCUUUAUCCCCAGCAUCAUGUCGGCCUUCUUCAUGUUUGCUGACCACUUCGUGUUCACAGCCCAGAAGCCCUAUUGCAAUACCAGCUGGAUCCUGGCAGUGGGCCCCCACCUGUCCGAAGCUGAGCAGCUGAAUCUGACCAUACCCCAAGCACCCAAUGGCAGUUUCCUGACAUGCCUCAUGUACCUUCCUGUGCCUUGGAAUCUGGAUUCUAUCAUCCAGUUUGGCCUCAAUGACACAGACACAUGCCAAGAUGGGUGGAUCUAUCCUGACGCUAAGAAGCGAUCGCUGAUCAAUGAGUUUGACUUGGUAUGUGGCAUGGAGACGAAGAAGGACACUGCACAGAUCAUGUUCAUGGCAGGGCUCCUGAUAGGCUCUCUCAUCUUCGGGCUCAUAACUGACAAGAUGGGCCGCUACCCUGCCAUCCUGCUGUCACUGCUGGGGCUGAUCAUCUUCGGCUUUGGGACAGCCUUUGUGAACAGCUUUCACCUGUAUUUGUUCUUUCGCUUUGGCAUCUCGCAGUCAGUGGUGGGCUACGCCAUCAGCAGCAUUUCUUUGGCCACUGAGUGGUUAGUGGGUGAGCACCGGGCCCACGCCAUUAUCCUGGAACACUGCUUUUUCGCCGUUGGGGCCAUGUUGCUGACAGGGAUCGCCUACAGUCUUCCCCACUGGCGGCUGCUGUUUCUGGUGGGUGGGAUACUUGUGAUCCCCCUCAUCUCCUAUAUCUGGAUUCUCCCGGAGUCCCCGCGGUGGCUGAUGAUGAAAGGGAAGGUGAAGGAGGCCAAGCAGGUGCUGUGCUACGCCGCAAGUGUGAACAAGAAGACCAUUCCUUCAAAUCUGCUGGACGAGCUGCAGCUGCCCAGAAAGAAGGUGACUCGGGCCUCUGUCCUGGACUUCUGUAAGAAUAGGCAGCUCUGCAAGGUGACCUUGGUGAUGAGCUGUGUGUGGUUUACCGUCAGUUACACCUAUUUUACGUUGAACCUGAGAAUGAGAGAGCUGGGCGUGAGCGUCCACUUCAGACACAUGGUCCCCAGCAUCAUGGAGGUGCCUGCCCGGCUGUGCUGCAUCUUUCUCCUCCAGCAGAUUGGGAGGAAGUGGAGCCUGGCUGUGACUCUCCUCCAAGCCAUCAUCUGGUGCUUGCUUCUCCUUUUCCUCCCUGAAGAGCCCCGGUGGUACAGCCCUGAGCAGGGGUCCCAACCCACAGGACACAGGCCUGGCCCUGAGUGGAUCCCCAGUGGGGUGAGGAAGCUGCAAUUGGAGCUGAAAUCCAUGACGAUCUUGGUGCUCACGCUCGGAGAGUUCAGCCUGGCCGCCACUGUCACUGUAUUCUUCCUCUACACCGCUGAGCUCCUCCCCACCGUGCUCAGGGCGACAGGUCUGGGGCUGGUGUCUCUGGCCUCGGUGGCUGGAGCCAUCUUGUCCCUGACAAUCAUCAGCCAGACCCCCUCCCUCCUGCCCAUCUUUCUCUGCUGCGUCUUAGCCAUCGUGGCCUUUUCCCUCUCCUCCCUGCUGCCGGAAACGCGAGAUCAGCCCCUCUCCGAGAGCCUGAAGCACUCCUCACAGAUAAGCUUCCAGAAAGAUGUGGCCCUGGACUCAUCCUCUGAUGGCUCAUUCAGGAAUAAGGUCAAGGACAUUAAGACUAAGGAAACAUCAUCUGAUGAUAUGUCUGAGGAAGCAGCCAAGAAUGUCAUUCUCAAUGCCCAGAUCCUGAGAUUGGACCCAUACCCUGUCUCCAACUCUGCCUUGAAGCAAUUCAAUAAAGAGGAAGCAAACAGCCAGGCUCCCUGAGGGCCAGGCCCCCAGACCAUCUUGGGUUGGAAUUGAGUGGCCAAGUAUGGGGUCAUGGAUUCCAGGCCACAAAUUCCAGGCCUAGUUCAGUCUGUGGGGCAGGGUCAGUCCUGCUCCCAGGCCAGCCCUUGACAUUAAAAAAAAAUGCCCCCCGCUUCUGCAGGAGCUCUGCUGUGAUUCAUUCCAAUAAAGGUACAAUGUUGGUCUUGAGA